AUGGCUGGAGGUGGUUCCAAUAUGAAGAAGUCUUGUGGAUGUUGCAAGAGAUACCUGGAACAUUUGGGUGGGAAAAUGAGCUGUUUCCUCAGGCGAAUGACUCCUGACUCUAUGCAUAGCAUGAUCAUGCCAAAUAGGUUUGUGAACCAUUUUGGAGGAAAAAUCCCAGGAACUAUAAAACUGCAAUCUCCUAAUGGUAUUCUCUAUGUUGUUGAGGUCACCGAGAGCAUGAAUAAGACAGUCCUACAAUGUGGUUGGGAGGCAUUUGUUGAUGCCCAUCACAUAAAAGAGAACGACUCCUUGCUGUUCCGUCACAUUGGCAAUUCCUGCUUCGAGGUUCUGAUCCUAGGUUCUGAUGGCUGUGAGAAAGUGUUCUCCUGUGCUGGCAUAAACAAGAAGAGUUCCUGCAUUCGAGACAAAACUGCAGAUCCCGUUGAUACCUCAGGUAGCCCUCCUGAUGAUACCUCGCAACCAUCACGGAGUGGAAGUUCUGCUAGAUGUCAAAGGGACAAGUUCAAUGAUCAUAGGAACAUUGCAAACUUUACAGCAAUGCCGUCCUCUUCAUGCGAGGAAUCAGAAGAAGAUGUUUCCCUGAAGAGCAAUAGGAAUGGAUCAGGUUCUGAUGAAUCUCAGGAAAGUGAGGAUUCUGGAGGCCCUGCUGAUCCUCCCUACAUUAUAUCAUUCAAGGACCGUCUGUCUCCAUCGCAGAAGAAGAUGGUCAAAGAGGAAGUGCGAUCCAUCCAAUCCAAAGUCCCCGUUUACGUAGCAAUCAUGAAGAAGACCAAUGUUGGGUUAACUAGUUCCCGUUGCCAGCUAGAACUGGGCGCAAGAUACGCUGCCGCUGUUCGUCUCCCGGACAGCAGGCAGAGCGUGGUGCUCCAGCGGAGGGGGGAGCGAUGGCCCGCGGCGAUGGAGGCGAAGAGCGCGAGCGGCAGGCGGUUCCUCGUCGGCGGCUGGCACAGGUUUGCGCGCGACAACCGCCUGCGCGUCGGGGACGUCUGCCUCUUCGAGCUGAGGAGGAAGCAGCAGCAGGGGAAGCUGACCAUGGCUGUCCAUGUCAUCUUCGCGGCGAGCACUAGCAGUCGCUUUAAUCUAAUAUCUGUUUUCUUUGAACCAAUUGAUCACGACGAUAUAUAUGCUGCUGCUGCACAUCUCCCGGACAGCCACAAUCACCAAACCGUGGUGCUCCAACGCGAGGGGAAGACAUGGAAAAUCAACAUGGUUGUGCGUAGAAACUGCAGCAAGAGGAGGUGGUUCCUUGCUGCAGGCUGGCGCAGGUUUGUGCAUCGUGACAACCGCCUGCGCGUUGGAGACUUGUGUCUGUUCGAGCUGAAGAAGAAGAAGCAGCAGCUGCUGCUCACCAUGGAGCUCCAUAUCAUUUUCAGUGUGCAGUAG